AGCGACCGCAAAUCCAGUCUAUAACAGAAGUGCACGCAUGCGUUAUUUAGUUUGUUAGUGCGAGCCGAGAACAUUGCAGAAUGGCCGAUUUGUCAAAAGAUUACAUGUCGAACAGCGCGGAUCCUAAAAACAUCCAGGAUCUGACAACGUUUGUUCAGAAUCUCAUGCAGCAGAUGCAGGACAAAUUUCAGCAGAUGUCUGACCAGAUCAUCACAAGAAUUGAUGAUAUGGGCAACCGAAUUGAUGACCUGGAGAAGAACAUCGCUGACCUGAUGACCCAAGCAGGGGUGGACGAACACGUCUAAGUUCAGUCAUCGUAAACAAUCUACUGCUGUGUGCAUUCCAUGAGCUGGCAUCUCGUGUUUUAACACACCUACAUCUUCAUCUUCUGUCAGGACAAACUUCUUCUCCUCCUCCUCAUCAAGAACAUUGUGGUCACCCCUCAAAAUGCAAUCCGUCCAAGAGUUUUUGUUCUUGGAUUUUAUGUACAAUUGCAGGGAUAGCUCUGGGUGAGCAGAAAAUUUUGCCAACUUGUCCAUUAAACUUGAAAAAUUGUAAAAACCCUGUAAUAUUUUAACAAUAUCAAUCAUUGCUUGAAAUGUUUUCGCCAAAUUAAAAUAAAAUGUUUUUGGGGUUUUUUUUAAUUGCAAUUGGCGAGUGGCAGAGCUAUCCCAGAGUUUGUAGGCUAAUCAGUUAGUUAUUUUGUGGUUAUUAAUUUUACUUGGUCGACUUAAGUCAUCAAGUUGGUUAUUUAGAAAAAAUAUACUCCAUUAGUCUUGAGAGAUUUAACAUUUUGUGAUCAUCUUUAUUAUUAUCAAGUCAUUGUGAAAUCAAAACUUUUUUCUGUACAUCUUUGGGGGUUGAUUUUAAGAAUAUUUAAUAUUUAUUUUAAAAGAUGUUAUAAUGAAUUCACUUGAAUGUUGAGUUUGUCUAUGUAUUGGUAUAAAAACAAUCAGGCGUAAGGUUGCUCUUGCAAUGAAAUACUUUUGCAAUGAAAUUAUCUUGUUAAUUUAAAGUAAUAUAUUUCUUUCAAUGUUCUCUAAAAUAAAACUUUCAUUUCGGCAGGGAUAGGGGAUGAGUACCAUACAACCAUACAGAGAAUUCUCAUAAUAGUAAUGUAGAUUAUUUUAUUUUUAAAACAUUAAUUGUUUUUAUUAUUAUUAAAAAUAUAUUAAUUUGUUGGGGGGUUUUUUGGGGGGAGGGGGUCACUUUCAUGAACCUACAAUAUUAUGUAAAAUAAAUUAUUAUUCUUGACAGUAGAAAGAAAACAAGGUUUGUAAAAUGAAACAAUGAACUGAACAGUGUUAUUUAUUUGUAAUAUGAAAAUUGUAGAUACGAAAUGUUUACAUUAUGUAAUAAAACAUUGUACCAUC